AUGGGUCGUUCUUCUGCUGUGAUCAGAUGGUACCAUCUUAACAAACCCUUGAAGCUGUUGUUUCUUAUCUGGGUCUUCGUUCUAGCCCAAAGCUUCGUUGUUUCGAGCUUCGAUGCAGACAAAUCAGCUCUUUUGGAGUUCAAGACCUCAGUUUCAGACCGUUAUGGAGUACUAUUGAGCUGGAGUUCAAGUAAUUCUGAUCAUUGUUCGUGGUUUGGAGUAUCGUGUGAUUCAAAUUCUCGGGUUGUGGCUCUGAAUAUUACCGGUGGAGGUAAUUCUGCUUCUUUGUCUUGUGCUAAAAUUGAUAAAUUUCCACUGUAUGGUUUUGGAAUUAGAAGGGCUUGUUUGGAUAUUAAAGUGAAAUUGGUGGGUAAGCUAUCACCUGCAAUUGCGAAGCUGGAAGAACUUCGGGUUUUGUCACUUCCAUUCAAUGAAUUGAAUGGUGAAAUUCCUGUGGAAAUUUGGGGCAUGGAAAAGUUGGAAGUUCUGGAUCUUCAAGGGAAUUCAAUUAGUGGGUCUUUACCAGUUCGUUUCACGGGUGUGCGGAACUUACGGGUUCUUGAUUUGGGCUUUAAUGAUAUUUUUGGGGAGAUUCCAAAUUCAUUAUCUGAUUGUGUGGGUCUACAAAUCUUGAAUUUAGCUGGGAAUCGAGUGAAUGGGACAAUUCCAAAGUCUGUUAGUGGUUUUAGAGAUAUGAGGGGGCUUUACUUGUCAUUUAAUCGACUUGCUGGGUCAAUUCCGAAUGAGAUAGGGAACAAUUGUGGGAAACUUGAACAUUUAGAACUCGCAGGUAAUUUCUUGCUUGAAGGGAUUCCAAGUAGUUUGGGGAACUGUAGGGAGUUACGGUCACUUAUUUUGUAUUCGAAUUUGCUUGACGAGGUUAUUCCGGUAGAAUUUGGUCGGCUGAGCCAGCUUGAAGUGUUGGAUUUGUCGAGGAACAGCCUCAGUGGUCCAAUACCUCGUGAGCUCGGAAAUUGUUCAGAAUUAUCGGUCAUUGUGCUGUCAAAUUUGUUGGAUCCUCUUCCUAGUAUUGGUAGUUCAGAAGGCGAUUCUUCAUCAGGGAAAUUUACCUACACCACUGACGAAUAUAAUUUCUUUGAAGGCGAUUUGCCUACGGAAAUUACUACUCUCUCUAAGCUUAAGAUAUUGUGGAUGCCAAGGGCAAGUCUAGAGGGAAAGUUUCCUAGCAAUUGGGGGGCUUGUGACAACUUGGAGAUGGUGAAUUUGGCUCAGAAUUUUUUCAAAGGAGAAAUCCCUCGGGGUUUUAAUAUCUGCAAGAAGCUGUAUUUUCUUGAUCUGAGCUUGAACAUGCUGACGGGUGAGCUUGUUGAUAAACUUCCAGUUCCUUGUAUGACUUUAUUUGAUGUCAGCGGGAAUCUUCUCACAGGUUCAAUUCCCAAAUUUUACUAUAGCUAUUGCCCUCGUGUUCCAUCCUUAAAUGCAUAUGCAGUUGAAGCCUACAUGCCAUCAUCUACAUAUCUACCAUUUUUUGCAUAUUUGACUCAGGCUGGAACCCCUUUGCCUUUGUUUGGAGAUGGUGGUAGUCUUGCCAUAAUUCAUAAUUUUGGUGGGAACAACUUUACUGGGGCUCUCAGCUCAAUGCCCAUCGCAAAUGAAAGAUUAGGGGAGCAGACUGUUUAUUCAUUUCUAGCUGGUAGUAACAAGUUUGCUGGGCGAUUUCCUGGAGAGUUGUUUGACAAAUGUGACAAAUUAAAAGCAAUGAUUGUAAAUGUCAGCAACAACAAAUUUUAUGGCCCCAUCCCCACGGAAAUUGGUUCAGUUUGCAGAUCUCUUAAACUUUUGGAUGCCUCAGGGAAUCAGAUUUCUGGAACCAUUCCUGCUAGUCUUGGGGAUUUGGUGUCUCUUGUUGCUCUUAAUUUGAGUUGGAACCUGUUGCAAGGUGCGAUUCCAAGCAAUCUUGGCCAGAUAAAGAAUCUCAAGUAUCUUUCAUUAUCUGGCAAUAACCUGACUGGCUCCAUUCCUACAAGCUUGGGGAACUUGCACUCGUUAGAAGUGCUUGAACUUUCUUCAAAUUCCAUCUCUGGUGGGAUUCCAGGAGAGCUCGGGAACUUGAGGAACAUGACUGUUCUUCGGCUCAACAACAAUAAACUCUCGGGCCAGAUUCCAUCUGUUCUGGCAAAUUUGACCACACUCUUGGCGUUCAAUGUGUCCUUCAAUAACUUGUCGGGGCCCCUUCCAUUGAAUGUUAAUUUGAGGAAAUGUAGUAGUGUCCUAGGAAACCCCUUUCUACAGUCUUGUUAUAUGUUCUCUUUAACUUCACCUUCAGAUCAGCAGGGGAUCACAGGGGAUUCACGGAAUUAUGCUGCUUCUCCACCAAGUCCAACGCAGAAAAGUGAGAAUAAUGGUUUGAAUUCAAUUGAGAUCGCUGCCAUAACAUCUUCAUCGGCUAUUGUAUCAGUUCUUCUUGCACUUAUUAUCCUCUUCUUCUACACAAGAAAAUGUAAUCCGAGAUCCAGGGUUCAGGGGUCUGCCAGAAAGGAAGUUACAGUAUUCACCGAUAUUGGAGUUCCACUGACAUUUGAGAAUGUUGUUAGGGCCACGGGGAGUUUCAAUGCUAGCAACUGUAUUGGGAACGGAGGUUUUGGAGCAACAUACAAGGCUGAAAUUUCUCCAGGAGUCUUGGUAGCAAUAAAACGGCUUGCAGUUGGACGAUUUCAAGGGGUCCAGCAGUUUGAUGCGGAAAUCAAAACUCUGGGGAGGCUUCGCCAUCCAAAUCUUGUGACCUUAAUAGGUUAUCAUGCCAGUGAAACAGAGAUGUUUCUUAUAUAUAAUUAUUUGCCUGGUGGUAAUUUGGAAAAAUUUAUCCAGGAAAGGUCCACGAGGGCUGUGGAUUGGAGGAUACUUCACAAGAUUGCUUUGGACAUAGCCCGUGCCCUUGCCUACCUUCAUGACCAGUGUGUCCCACGCGUUCUUCAUCGUGAUGUCAAGCCCAGCAACAUCUUGUUGGAUGAUGACUACAACGCAUAUUUAUCCGACUUUGGAUUAGCCAGGCUUCUGGGAACUUCAGAAACCCAUGCCACCACGGGUGUGGCUGGUACUUUUGGGUAUGUGGCUCCUGAAUAUGCAAUGACUUGCCGGGUUUCUGACAAAGCUGAUGUCUAUAGCUAUGGGGUGGUGCUGCUUGAGCUAAUCUCGGACAAGAAAGCCCUGGACCCUUCAUUCUCUUCAUACGGUAAUGGUUUCAACAUUGUGGCGUGGGCGUGCAUGCUGUUGAGACAAGGCCGUGCCAAGGAGUUCUUCACCAUGGGGUUAUGGGAUGCAGGUCCCCAUGAUGAUUUGGUCGAAGUACUACACUUGGCAGUUGUGUGCACUGUUGAGUCUCUCUCUACCAGGCCUACAAUGAAGCAAGUUGUACGACGACUGAAGCAACUUCAACCGCCUUCCUGUUAGCUACACCUUACCGGUGUUUAAGGCAUCAAGUGAUUGACAUUGUAGUGUGUAGAAGAAGGUAAGCCUGUAAUUUGUGGCCUUGCAAAAGUGCUCUGCUCUUGGGUGUCUUCCCAGACGACGGCCGGUAGGAUCAGGUCUGAGUUAUAUAGGUGCUUGUAAAUUUGUAGUAUAGUUUUUGCCCCCAUUUUUCGCUGCCAUUUCCGUGAUUAGGAGGGGGAGGGGGGCUCAGUGAUGGAGGAUCUGCAAAAACGACAGAAUGCAGAUAUAUUUGUUUCCCCAAGUUGUAUACUUUGUACCUCAUUUCU